CUGACGGGGGGCAGCGUUUGGUGUUCACAAUGGAUAUCAAAUCACCGUAUACAGUCAUUCCCCAAUGAUGAAGGUCUGGUGUCGCUGAAAUAUUUCCUAGACAAGAGGGAGGUCAAAGAUCCACCAACUGAUACUCUUGUUCGCAUGGCUGAGUUGGUGACCCUCCGCACUUUUCAGUUUAAUGGCGAAUAUUACACGCAAGUAGGCAGCGUGGCAAUGGGUAGCAGAUUAGGGCCAAACUACGCACGUCUCUUUGUUGGCUAUGCCGAAGAGAGGAUGCUAGCCGAGUACACCGUGACUGGUAGGAAACCUGAUUUGUAUAAGAGAUAUAUGGACAACGUAGCGGGCGUAGCCUCGGGCAGUGAACAAGAUCCAGUGGGGAUUCCGCGUUCGCCCCGCUUGGCUCAUAAAGCGCCUGUCAUGCAGGCUAAAGUACCAUCCUAAGCUUGUCUAUAAUUGGUCUAUCUCAUCUGACAAACUCCCGUUCCUAGACAUUUGUAUGACACCCCGUGAGAACCGCAUAUUGACAUCUAUUAAUUAUAAAGACACUAACAGCCAUUCAUAUCUGAACUUCGGGUCGUCACAUCCAUCCAAGUGUAAAUCGUCCAUACCAUAUAAUCAGUUUCUACGGCUGCGAAAGAUCUGCAGUGAGGACGACGUUUUUCAAAAUGAGGGCACAACCAUGGAGGCUUUUUUUGCUGCACGAGGCUACCCCCAUGACUUAAUUACAAGAGCACAUCUCCGAGCGGAAGAAAAACAGAGACCACCUUCCCACUUUUAACACACACAAACGCUACGCAGGAACCCCCCCGGGGGGUACUGCCAUAUAUGGGCUAUAUAGGUAUGUGCCGCUGUGAAGGGUAUGGUCUUCAAGCAGUUUACUCUGGGAUAGGGUAUAUAAAUCAGAGAGUUUGGGUCUAGAAGAGGGUAUCAUUUUUCAAUUGAGUACCGAAGUGUGACGUCAUAGAAAAUGAAGUUUGUGAAGUUAUGGGAUUUGUUAAGAUAUUCUGAAAGAACAACGUCCAAGACGCCUACUCGCCAAAAAUUGGCAAUUUGGGGCAGAUUGUCUCUAACAUAUUAGCCCAGUUAUGCUCCGAUGACUCUAUACAAAUCCUUCUAAAUCUUACCUGGUUCCUAAUCUUAUGAACCAAGCCAAGUAUGGAAUCGUCACAGCAUAGCUGGGCUAAUAUCUCAGAGACAAUUUGCCCCGAAUUGCUAAUUUUUGGCCAGUAGGCGUCUUGGACGUUGUUCUUUCAGAAUAUCUUAACAAAUCCCAUAAUUUCACAAAUUUCAUUUUUAUGACGUCAUCACUUCGGUACUCUAUUGGCUGAAGAUUUUAGUCUAGACUAGGGAAACUGGGAAUUGCCACUCAAGAAUAUAAAAGAAUCAAAUCGGUUUUGUUAUGCCUGGACUGUGCUAGUGACCUCAGUUGUUGCUCGAAAACAGCUACUCUAGGUUAGGGGGGGAUUUGGGGAGUUUAGUCUAGUAUAGGGUAGCAAAAUUCACUUGAACUACAGCUAUGGUAUAGGCUAAGGGUUCCAGGGUCCCAGCAGCAGAUCCCCACUCGAAAAGUCCUAAAGUAACCCCCCAGGAGGACCCCCCCUCCCCCUUUAUUGGGAUCUACUUCUCUCCCGCGGCCGCCAUUUUGGAAAGCGAGAAGAUCCUGGGGACGAGGUUGCCCGAUAUCCGUACCCAGUCCUACAGGGUAUAAUUCAAGAUGGCGGUUGUGGACACAGUCAGCAUACAUGUAGCAUGUUUCACAUGCUUCAAUUGACCUAAAAAGUUUAAUGCUUUGCCAAUAUGAACAACUUUUGGCUAUGAUUUUCUCCAAAUAUGUCAUCUUUCUCAUUUUUACAGUGGUUCUUCUGUCUUUUUCCGGAUCUACAUGGUUCACCGACAGGUAAGACUCAAGUUAGCAAGUAUAAGUAAUGAGGUAGAUGAGCUUUUAAACAACGACGUGUCUAGAUACCCGGCAGCAGCCUGGAACUGUUUUCAAAAAACUAGAUACCCGGCAGUCAGAAAUUUUGACCAGUUUUCUCGAAAUAGCUCGUUUAAUUCCUCUAAGAACAUAAGAUAUUUGUUUGGAAAUCUCAACCAAAUAUAAAUAUUGCCUUGGUAUUAAGUAAGUAAUUAAGUAAGUAAGAGCUUUAUUAAUGAGUCAAUGUAUUUAGUUUUCACAACUAAUUGGGGACACAAAAAUAAAAAUUACAAAUAAGAAAUAAUAAUAAUGUAUAUACAAUUAAAAUAUGUGGCAUGUAUAAAUUGUAUAAUAAAACAAUAGUUAUAUACAAGGUAGUCUCUAAGAAUUACAAAGGUUGCAGCAGCUAUUGUUGUCGUUUAAGAGUGACGUUAGGUCUCUUUUCCUAAUGUUACAAGUAGAAGCGACUGUCGAGCUUGGGCAUAGAGUUUCUAGUUUUUUGCAAGCAGUUCCCGGCUGCCGGGUAUCUAGACACGAGCUUUAAGGAAUAGUGCAUAGAUUUAGCCAGGGCUGAAAAUCAAACAAUAAACUUUAGGGCACGUUCAUGUAACUUUUGAGGGAAAGGGUAAGUGAUUUUAUAGAAACAAUUUGCAAACUGUCCAAGAGUAAAACAAAUCUUGCAUCGAUUUAAUAGUCCUUAUAUGUGCUUGACUAGUAGUCAAGUAUAUCAUUCUGAUUGCAGCACAGUUGGCCCAAACUCUGUGGGAGUUCUUUGGGACUUUGAAUUUUUAAGAGAAUGUAUGAAAACAAACAAAAUACAUCCUAAAUUCCAUUUUUUGACAAAAUUAGAAAUAAAAAUUACUCACUCUGUGUUUUUGUGUUGUUUUUUUUUUCUGUCUCUUCACUUCUCAGUAGAGCCAUUUGGAGGCCAUUUUAUUGACAUUAAUUUUAAGAUUUUGAGUUGUAUUAACGAGAAGAAAUAAGGGAAGGCUGUGGAGUGUGAAGCCAACCGUUCCAGCUCAAAGCUCCAUAAAUCCCUUAAAAAUGGUCCAAACUCACCAAAAUUGCAGUCAAAGGAUUGUCGAUAAUCUGUCUUUCCCUUCUAUGCUUGUGGAGUCUCAGAUUUCACCAAAACUGCUUGCAAAGUGCUUGGUUUCAUAAUUUUUCCAUCAGAGUUUUCUUUCUUCCGAUGUGUAUGACCGGGCUACUUGACGUGAUGUAAUCAAUGGUCACUCAAAGCUUACAUCACAGCGACAAUUUGCCCCAUCCAGGAGUGGGCACAGUGCAUCGUGAGUAGCAUGGUGGGAGGAUCCCUGGGUACAUUUGACCGUGACAAAGCGUGCCAAAACAUCAUGCCAGCACCCUGCUAUUUACACAGCCGAACAGUCUUCUUCAUCUUCUUCUUGGUCUAACUUCACUGCUUUUUAAAAACCCAUUCGCUUUCAAAAUAAACUUUUCAGUCUUUAAAAUUGUUCUUUUCAGAUUACCUAUCGCUUUUUGUUUUCAUUUUAUUGCUGCCACAGUUAGUGAGCCUGAAGCGAACAAAUGAGGCAGCUCUCUAAUUGGCAAAAAAUUACAUUUUAGGGGCAUUCAAUCACUUUUUCUUGCCAGAUGCAAGGAAUUGUGGUUAUCCCCAAAUAAAAGAUUUAGGAUGCACAGUGGACUCACAAGGAAUUGUGGUUAUGUGCGAAUGGAAGAUUUAGGAGCGCAGUAGACUCGCAAGGAAUUGUGGUGAUGCUGAAAUGGGAGAUUUAGAAUGUGCAGUGGAUUACCACGUGCUUUCCUCUUACACUGAUUUUCAACUGCAAUUUGAAUAAUUUGCAAUCUCGUUAAAGUAUAGAAACAAUAGGUCUAAUUAGCAAACAACCAACUUUGCACGUGCUGUGUACUUUUGCUGUUAGCAGACACUUGUCGAUUGAGAACCGAAGGCAUUCAUAAUGAUUUCAUUAUAGUUGAUGCCUAGGCAGAAUGAAAGCAAAGUUUGAAACCUCUGUAUAUUUGGGUUGGUUUUCGGAAAACAGAACACGCUCAAGACCAGCAAAAUAGCAUAGCAUUUGGUCAAAAAAAUAGACUUACUGUAGUAAGCAGCCGUUUUAUAUCUUUCUAGAGAGCAUAUGUUCACAAAAUGCAAUAUUUUAUAAAUAAAUCAGUUAUAUUAUUCACUGUGGCUAUAUGACCGGCAAACGGUCAAGAUUUACAAAACACUAAGUGACCGGCAGUCAGAUAUUUUGACUAUGGUGAUAAUUUAGGGUUAAGCACCGACGAUACUGAUUAGGGUUAACAACUGAAAAUACCAAUUAGGGUUAAGCACUAACCAGGGUUAAGCCCUGAGAAAAGUGAUUAGGGUUUCAGUUAUCCUCUAUUUUGGUUUGGAGUUUUCACCACAAUAUUUGAAUGAAAUCACCAUCAAGUGCAGUGAAACCAUGGUGGUCUUGUGUUUAGAGUGUAGACCCUAUACUGCGGGAUCAAAUCCGCUCAUAUGCGAGUGAAUUUUUUUUCUUUUAAAAUGGAAGAGACUUACACUUUGACAGCAUUUGUUAAUCAGAUACUAAGUUUCUCCGUCUAUUCUGAAUCAAUGUAUAGCUUGUAUGAUAGUUUGGGCUGGCUGGGAUUCUUCGAUUUGUCAAAAUUGCUAACUUGCCGGUCAUUUAGUGUUUUGAAAAUCUUGACCAGUUACCGGCCAUAUAGCCACAGCCUUUAUUAUUUUCCAAGUAAAUUUCCUUCUGUGCCCACAUUGUAAGAGGAAUCACACAAGCAGCAUUAGAGCUACAAGCCCAAAAUUUAUGUGUCAUAUUUAUCUAUAUUUGAACGUAACUUCCCUCCAAAAUUGUUUAAAUUGGUGUUUGAUUCAUGACAGGGUUACUAAGCCAAGUUAAUGUUGUGUUUUCCUUGUCAUUUUUCAAACCUAUCUUGUAGCACAGAUCAUAGAUCAUGAAAUAAACACAGUUUUAAAGUCCAGGUUUUCUAAGUUUCGUGGAAAUCGCUUGAUUUUUGUGCAAACAGAAAGACAAUUUGCGAAACACCAUAGCUGGAAAAUUUGCUCGCAUCGGGAAAUCAAAACUUUAAAAUAAACUUCAGUUAUUCAGAAGAAUAAGAAUAAUUGAACUUAUACAUAUCCAAAAUUAAGAAUUAUCCAGCCACUUCUGACAUGACAUGAGCACAUUAGAAAAAUUUACUAAAAUUGGCUCAAAAAUAAGUUGGUGUCACCUUAAACGUACCCAAAUUAUUAUUUUGGUUGCACAGUUGUGAUUUUGUUUAUUUACUUACAUUCUCUCAUAGAAUUUAAAUUUGCAUGACCUUCCAUAAAGUCUGGGUUACAUGUGGUUCAGUCAUACCUUGAGUCAGUUCCAUUCAGCCAAGAAUGCUGCCACAAAAUGCCUUAAUUUAUUAAUUUAAUUUAAUGAACAACAUUGAAGCCAAGUUUCAAUACCAUUAUCUUAAACCUUUGCUUCCCAUAAUUUAUAUUCUUUGUUUUAUAUAUCCUUUGUUCAUAUACGUGAGUAUCAAAUUAUUUGCUGAAAACAACCAAAGAAAAGUCACAUUUUAAAGUCCUUUUUUUGUUUAGCGGUGAUGCUCACCUUCCACACCUUCCCAACAUGCCCCAGUUAUUUCCAAGUGAUGGUAAAGUGGUCGAAAUUCUUGAUGGUUCUAUGGAAAGAUUUAGAGAUAAACUGGUUCUAAAUGGAGUCUCUGCAGUGCUGUUUUAUGCCCCUUGGUGUGGCCAGUCUUUAUAUGCUGCUCAUGAGUUCAACACAGCAGCAAAAAUGCUCCAUACAGAGGUAGUAGACAAUUUCAAGAAAUCAGUACCGAAAUUAGUUAAUGAGUAAUACAAGUAAUACAAGAUGAAAUUUAAUUGGACCUUUUUUACUGAAUGUUUGUUAAUAAAGGGGAACUUUCAAAGCUAAAAGGGUAUAUUUGGCAGCCAUGUUGUUUUUCUUCAUUCCGAGGACAGAGAUCAUGUAACAGCUCUUCUAACCCUAAAAGCGAAGUGGUUUGCUACCCUAACCUAAAACAAUGGAAAUAAUGAUAAACAAUGUUGUGUUAAUGUUUUCCCCAACCGAUGAAAAGACACCUUACGAGCAGGGAGAGAAUCGACGGUCAUGCUGUUCAGUCGAUAGCCCUGCGAUGGAUAGAUUGUAACUUUCUUAAAUGUUCCCCGGCAUGGACCAAGCGUUAAAGAGUAUUAAUGGGUUUAUUGUCAGCUUUAUGUUUGGCUUCAAUCAGUUAAAGAUUUAAUAUUCUACAUGGAAACCAAAAAAGUCAUCUUAAAAACUGUUGAUCAUCAUAGAGAAGGAACAUAUACCUCUUUUAAACUGGAAUCGUCAGCACUUACCGAGGAAGUCCAGUGGAUAGAAGCGUUAGUUUUUAGUUGUAACUGAUUCAGAGGGUCCGGGUUUGAAUCCCCUUGAAGCAAAUUUUUCGUAACCUUUUUUUUUUAUUUUUCUUUUUUACUCUCUUUUUUACCUGUGUGGUGCAUAUAGCUAGUAACAUAAUGUGGUAAAUUGAAAGCAAAGUUUGCAGGAAUAUAAGAAAUGCUGUAUGUAUCACAGCAUCUCUAUUGUUAUUUUUAGUAAUACUGGACACCGUUAUCAUUACCCAGGUCAAUCGUUAAAUUUCACAUGUGCCUAAUUUAAUUCGAGAGUGAACUUCUUUGAGAUGUGACGUCUGAAUCAACUAAAUUUGACAGUUUGAAAUUAAAUACGACUUUGCCGAAUCUGCAACUGAAACAGUAAAAAAUUCAACUUAGGUUCAACAUUUGAUUUUGAAGUCGCAUUUCACAUGUGCCGAAUAUAAUGUAUUAAUUAUAGAAACCCUUAUCCAUUUUGGAUAACAAUUUUUUCAAGAGACUGGGAAUAUUUACAACAAACGAAGUUAAAUUCGGCAUCAUUAUAUCUGACUUCUGAAUCAACUGCCAUAUUUAAUUAUUUUCAUAGACUAAAAAUUAAUACAGUCUAAUUCUGAUAAUUCGAACCUUCAAGGAAAAUAGAAAGAAGUUUGAGUUAUCGGGAGUUCGAGUUAUCGAGGGUCCAAUUAUAUAGAAAAUUAUCUGAAGGGAAAUGAAAAUUGGUUUGAGAUAUAGCAGGAGGUUCGAGUUAUAGAGGGUUUGAGUCACCGGGAGUCAACUAUAAGUGUUAAAUUCCACGUUCGAAAGAACGUGCAAAAUCGUGAAACAUCAUGUAAGUUUCAGCUUAGUGGUUUGCACUCUGUUUUAAGUUGUUUUUUUCUUUUCAGUUAGAGCAAUUCCUAUCUCUUUCUAAAUCCAUUUUUUUAAUUGGCUUGUGCCACGACUUAAGAAUCAGCUGAUCUUACUUUCUGUUUGACAUAAUUUGUUUGUCACUGGACAAGAUUUGUAUAUCAAAAAGAGGAAUCAGUUUUCAUCCACUCAUUUCAUGAAAAGGAAAUGGCAUCACUUCCCACUAUAAUGGACAACCUUGAACCUUAACUUCAUUGUAUAAAUUUGCGGCACCAAAGAAAGACGAAAAAGAUAACCUGUUUCGAUCAAAUUAUUUUAAGGUUUAAACUCGAAGCUGUGUAUAGUGUAAAAUAAUUAUAAUUUACUUUUUUACUGGUAUCACUUGUAAUAAUAAUAAUAAUAAUAGUAAUAAUAAUAAUGGACUUUAUGAUGCAUUAUAUUAAUUUUAUCCUGAAAACCAAUUCGUCUUCCUGAAAAAUUUUUUUUGAAAUCAGAGGUGUUUGAGUCCUUAAGUCCUAAUUGUAUAACAAGUUAUCCACCAACCUUGGACACUCUCUUUUCGUAUUGUAGGAUUGUUUUAUGAACCACUAUUAAUUUUUAUACUUCCCUGGGUAUAAUAUACACUUAACGUCAGAUCCUGAGGGAACCAGUUAGCUUUGUUUUCCCUCAAGUCCUGAUGUUUCCUGAGAUGGAGUUGAGGGAAACAUCAGGACUCGAGGGUAAACAAAACUAACUGGUUCCCGAGGGACCUGACGUUAAGUGUUUUGUUAUAUUUCUAGACUUUCUUUUCAACAUACUUCAACAGCAACAAAAGAAUACCCUUUAGCAGAGCGAAUCAAAACAGUCGACUUGGUACUUAUAAGAAAACAAUUUAAUUCUCAAAACCACUGAAUGAAUGAUUUACAAAGAACUUUCCUUAUAAUUAUUCUCUGCAUCUUGUAGAUGCUUGUCACUGGUAAGAAAAGUUUGGGAAAAACAAAAUAUUUUAUCAUUAAAUUUCAGGGACAAACAGCAAAUUGCUUUUGCUAGAAACACAGUCAAACCUGUAUAUGAUGGCUCUGUAUAAAGCGGUCACCAGGUGUAUUGUGGUCACUGGACAACUUCCCCCAAAUUUUCAAUUGCAUUAUAUUUUCUGCAAAGUUGACCGUAUAUAUCGGUCACCCCAUGUAUAACAGACACCUUGCCAUUUCCCAAGGGUGACCAUUGUACACAGGUUUGACUGUAUCAUUUAUUUAGUCGUAACUGUUGAACAGUAGGAUGCCUAAAAUGUGAUUGUGCAAUUCCACAAUUGGUUUAGGCUCCAUUUAAUCCUAUACCAAUAACUGUGGAAUAUUUUGGGAGGAGCCACCCACAAGCAGUUGACGAGCAAUGCUCUUCUACUCCCCAAGAUCACGAGAUAUAUUUACAAUCAUUUGGUAAUUCCAGCUAGCUGGAAAGCGAUCUGAAAGUAAGAAAAUGUAGUGUUACAGUAUUCAGGUAAUUAUUAUUAUUAUACUCAAAGAUGGUAACUGGCCAUUUCUCGCCAUUAUAUGACUGACAGUCUACUAUAUUACUGUCAACAAGAGACGAGUCACAAUUCCGUAUCACAUUUCAAUAAGGCGUAUUUCCAUACAUCUCACGUACCAUGUUCAAGAUUAUCAUGUUACUGCAGAGCAAAUGCUAUGGCUCAAAAUUUGAAUUAAAUACAGUGUUGUUCAUAAUCAAUUAUGUUGUUUCUUGUUUAUUUUUGCUGAAACACUGUUUCCAAUGGCAUAUAUGUACAUCCUGUAUCACUGCACUGUAUGGAUCUUCCAUCAGUAAUUUCUUUCAUUGUAAAAUUUACAACACAAAGUUCUUGAGUAGUCCUAGUGGGCUUGAUAGCAAGCAGUCUUCUUGAUGUGUUUUUCAUUUCUGGUUCGUAAAUUAGAUUCAGCUGUGCAAAAGCUGAUGAACUGAGAGCAGAGUAAGUGGAGGGUGUGAAGGGAAGAAGUCAGAAAACCUUAGUUCAGCUUUUGCAUGGCUGUAUAUAUCUCACUUUACAAACUAUGAACGAAAAAUACACCAAACACCAGUCUGCGUCUUUAAUAUUAUUGUUGAGGUUCAAAUUUUAUCUCCCUUUCUUUUAGAGUAUUUUAAUGUAUGAUAAUGAGUUUAAAACAAAGGGAAAUAAAUUCAAACAAAGGAUAAAAUUGAGCCACCACAUUAUACUAAAAAGGAGUAACAAAAAAAAGCAUUGUAGCCUGUUUUGACAGGAACGUCCUUGGCAGCCGAAAUUUUUUGGGGGUUUAUCAUUUCAAUUCAAAUAAGUAUUUCAUUUUAUCGCAUGACAUCUCUUUUUUCACAAUGUAUCAUAAGUUCCCAUUUAUGAUGGUGUAUACUACAGUGAAAAUAUGUACUUUGCAGGUCGUAUUUAUUGCCAUUAACUGCUGGGUGGGAACAUGCCUCCAAGAGCAAAAUAUUGAUGUGUUUCCAAAAUUAGUUGCCAUCCACACUCAAUUUAAUGGAGUGGAAUACAAAGGAUCAUUUAAAGCUGCAAAGAUGGUGAGUUUUUAA